GGCUUUCUGCAUGGAGAGGAAGAGUAUAACUCCGGUCUGAAUGCAUGGAUAAAACGCCCUACAUGACAAAGCUGAGCGAGAGACUAAACGCAGCGGGAAAACAGGAGCAGAGACAAAAAGGGAAUGAGAUACAUCAGAGGACGCGUUUAAUUUUCAUUAAAGGAAGCCAAAAAGUUAAGCAUUCGUUGCAAAUGUAACUUAUUAUUUUAUGUGACACGGACGUUGCUCCUCUCUUUUUUUAACUUGCCUAUUUUUUUCUUUUCAGUUUGUUUGCUUCUCUUUAUUUUACAAUAUAAAUAUAAAAAGAACACUGAGCAUCACUUGAGAUAGUUGAUGCUGAACUUAGACCACAAACGGAUGUGAGGAAAGGGUGCAGUGACAGACUCAACCCCUUUUUCUCUCCCUGUUUCUUUCUCUCUUUUUUUUUUUUUUUUUGUUCGGUUAAACAAUAGACAGAGCGAGUCACAGACAUCGAACCUGCGUUCAUGCCGUCAGUCUUGCAGACUCUGAGAUGGACGUGAGAUUUUACCCUGCACCUCCUUCAAGCGUGGGUUCAUGUUCUUUACCAACUGAUCCAAGUUGCCUGAGCUCGUUGGACUAUUACCACUGCAACAAGACCAGAUACAGCGCAGGCACGCAGGGUUUUAGGCUUCUACACAGCGCCCUACCAAUGGGCCCCAACCCCAACAGGAAAAGACUGCCCUCUGCAGGGUUUGAUGGUGACAACAUGUACAUGAAUGAAAAUAACCAGGAGUUUCUUUCUCCGAAUCAGAACUUCUCCGGUCAGGGUGGAGGCAGCGGAAGCGGUGGGGGUGACGAAGACUACGAGAUCCCUCCCAUCACACCUCCCAAUCACCCCGACCCAUCUCUGCUCCACCUAAUGGACCCCGAGUCCAGUUAUCUGUGCCACUCCUUGCCUCCUAAUGGCCUGAUCAAUCCAUACACCUACCCAGAGCUGCCCGCCAUCAUGAUGUCCAACAUGCUGGGACAAGAUGGACAUCUGCUCUCCAGCCAAAUGCACUCUGAGAUGACUCGCCCAGAUGGCUCUCAUUAUGACGUCGCCCAUCAGACCCCACUGAUAAACAGGCCUAGGAUACUGUCCCAUCAUAUGGGUGCUCUGACCCAGCUGAACUCUCAGGUUGGCCUGCGAAGUGCCCUUACCCAUGGUUCCCCCUCACCUCCCGGGAGUAAAUCAGCCACGCCCUCCCCCUCAAGCUCCGCCCAGGAAGAGGAAGCUGAUUCCCAUUCCAAGAUCACCGGGGAGAAGCGGCCCUCUUCGGAGGCGAUGAAGAAGCCCAAGCCGCAGAAGAAGAAGAAGAAGAAGGACCCAAAUGAGCCUCAAAAGCCUGUCUCGGCCUACGCUCUCUUCUUCAGGGACACACAGGCUGCCAUUAAGGGCCAGAAUCCCAAUGCCACCUUCGGAGACGUCUCGAAGAUCGUGGCGUCCAUGUGGGACGGCCUGGCAGAGGAGCAGAAGCAGGGGUACAAGAGGAAAACAGAAGCCGCCAAGAAGGAGUAUCUGAAAGCUCUGGCCACGUACAGAGCCAGUCUGGUUUCCAAGAACUACAGUGAUCCAGUGGAAACUAAAAGUGCCCAGACAAGCCAACCGUCCCACAUGAUGGCGCCGAAGCAGCCACUGUACAGUGUUCCGGCCCAGACCUCGUCUCCCUACCUGGGCCCCGGCUCGUUCCCCCUGUCCGACCUGCAGAGCUAUGCCGGGCCCCCGCGCCACAGCCUCUCCCGGACCCUCAGCCAGUCACAGAUGUUGCCCAGCAUGAGUGCCUCUCCUCCAUCCUCCUUUCAGAUCAGCCCGCCUCUGCACCAGCAGCUCUCGCUGCACCAGAGCUCCAUUCUCAACCAGCCAAUCCGCAUGCAGCAGGUGCAGUCGCAGCCAAUCAUCCCGCACCAGAUGGGGCUUCAGCCGCCGCUCCACUCUCCCCCGGGUCAGCAGGGCUUCUCACAUAUCCAGUCAGAGUAUCCGAGCAGCGUUGGCUCUCAGUCUCCGGGGGCACCCAACCCCGUGGGGGGGCAGAAUCCUGAGUGGGACAACGAGUACUGCAAUCGGGAUUGCGGAGGAAGCCACUGCAGCAGUAGCAUGAUAGCGAGGGACAAGCCUCUCUACCUCACUUGAAGCUGGAGGACCUUAAACAGAAAAGACACCGGGAAGCUCAACAGCCGCCGAUUUAACUUCUAUUUUUGUUGAUUCUUUUUCUCUUUUUCUAUUUACAUUCAAGGAUUUUGUGCAAGUCCUGAAGACUCCGAGAGAACCUCCUUUUUUUGCCAAGCACUUAGAAUGCGCAGGCCUAAGCCAGGGCCCAACAGAGCACUCUUCGUAUCUUUAAUUAAAACUUAAUAUGAAAUUAAAAAAAAAAACAUAGGCAGAUUUUUUCAGGGGUAAUUCAGCUUUAAUAUAUGAAGAACGAAUCUUCUUGAUUGCUUUUAAUUUUUAUUUUUUUUUUAAGUUUUCUUGUUUUAUCUGUGUCUUGCUUGCUUGCCACAAGCUAACCCAUGGACAAUAUCUGUAGGGAGCGAAAUUGAGGGUCGAUCCGUCGCCAACCUUACAGUGAGGAUGAGAAAAUCUGCGAGUGUUACCUCUCAAUGAGGAGCGGAGCAGUGGUUUUAAGGAAAGAGCGAAACAAAACAAAUGAGAACAGAAAUGCGGGUUUUUCUCUUGUAUGACAAGACAUCUGGUAAGGUUAGACCAACCAAUCUCGCACGGUGUGAUUGUAAAUAUCACUUUCGCAGGAUGGAAUUGAGAAUCUCGGGUACAUGUCUGUACUCUUAGCACCAGCUGCGACUCCUCAGCUCAUAUUUAAAAAUGAUGUUUUGUGAAUUUGAACUUGUGCAGGUGGACUCGAUGAAGGAUUUUCACACACUAAAUCUUGAAUUAAAACUGUGCUCUCUGGGUGUGUCUCUCCAGUAAAACAGAUAUAAGGACUAAGAUUUAGUGUCCCGCAAGACGUGAAAAGAUCUGGGGAAAAGAGACUGGCCUUUUUUAUUUCGUUAGACCACAUGACUGGGCAGGUCUGUGGAGAGUGGAGGCUCUGUACCAAGUUAAUUUUUAUUUCUCUUAACUUUCUUUAUCAUCUCCCCGUCCCCGACAUAACUUGUACAGGUGAAUAGGAAAAAAAUAAAAGCUAGAUGUGAAAUGUUAUUAAAGAUAAACAUGACAGUGCGUUUAUAGUUUUACAGUAGUUUUACUAGGUGUUUUAGAAUUGUGUUGAACUCAUCUUUAUAAUUUUUUGUGGAAAAAAAAAUGUAUUUAGUUUUUAUGCCGUACAUUUGAUUAUACACUGUAGCAAACAUUUAAGUUCAAAAUAAUGGACACGAGGGGAAGGCAUCUCACACGUGUACAAACCUGCCAAAUCAAAAUGUCUCUUUGUAAAGCCAGUGACGAGAAGCGGAUUUAUCUACUAACUGUCGCAUUACAGUUGCUUUUCCGCAAUAUUCCCUCUUCUUAUUUAAUUUUAUUGACUGGUUUCCUAUCUAUUUAUGAACGAUAUAAAGUAACUUUGGCUUGUUUUAUCAAGGUGCAUCAUUAUGUUUUUUUUAUUAUUUGUUUUAUUGUCAUUAUAAUUAAUGAUUAUUUUUACAUCUUUUCAUGCUGGUUUGUUCCUUUUGUGCCGGCGAAUUCAUUUUGUGUCACAAUGCUUCUUUUUUUCAUUUGUCUGUAAUAAAAUGUUUAAAGUGGA